AUGCGUCAUGUUAACCAAGCUCUUCCAUCAGGACUUCGAGCAGAUAUAAUGCAGACAAAUCCCAUUUACACUCAAACUUCAAAUAAUUUACCAUGCUUACAACCCCAUUCACCCUACUUGCAUGACAUUUUCGUUGUGACCAAAUAUGAUUUUAUUUAUGGAAAUGCUCUAGUCAUCUGUGAAGAAAUAGUACCAUUAACUGUUGAAUCUGCAAUCGACUUGUUAAGUAAUUCCGAUGAUGAGAAUAACAUUUGCGGGUUUUCUCUAAUAGACCAAGAACAUAUUAAAUCGUGUUUAACUCAACUUUUUGGCUCUCAAAAUAGUGGUGAGAACUAUUUUAAAGUUAAAUGUAAAUGGAAGGAAGAAUCCACUAAAGUAUUGCUUUUUUAUUUGACUGAAAAUAAAGAUGAUGUAAUGCUGCUAGAAUGUCGAGGUUCGAAAGCUGGUAAAGGUAGAAUGUCUCUAUGGAAUGGUGCCGUCACUGCUUUAUCAAAUAAAAGUUACAGUUAUACCGCUGAAUAA